UCUCAUAUAUCAGUUUUGCAAACUGCUCCACAAACAUAAGCAACCUAGCUUCUAUAGAAUUUCCUUGUUUCAGAAGAAAUGGCACUCAUGUUUAAGCUAUUUACGGAGAAGGCCACUUACUGGCUCUCUUGAGCAAGAAAAAUCCUGUUCUCUCAUUUCAAUUGCUCCUGCAGAUUCUGUAGAUGUCAAGUUCCCUUCUUAUGAAGAUGUCAUGAAAGUGUUGCAGGCAGGGUUCAAUCUUGGAUGGUUGGCUGAGCUCCCGUAUUGCCCUACAUAUGAUACUUCAUGUAGAGUAAAUAAUCCAGCCCUAAUUCUUAUUAUUAGACAUAUCUGUGCUCCUUUGGCUAUAUUUGUGUUCCUCAUCCACAAAUAUUGUACAACACGAAAGAUAGUAGAUAACAGGGAGAUAGUUGUGCUGCACAAUGAGCAAUCCUUGAUGCCCACAAGGUACUCUUACACUGAUGUAGUUGCAAUGACAAACAAUUUUGAAGAUAAACUAGGCCCGCAGGGUGGGCUUGGGUCAGUAUAUAAAGGGCAGCUUCCAGAUGGUUGCCUAAUUGUUGUCAAAAUGCUGGAGAACUCUAGGUUCAGAGGCACAGAAUUUAUCAAUGAAGUUCGAAAAAUUGGUAGAAUUCGUCACGCCAAUGUUCUUCAGUGGGUGGGAUUCUGUUCUGAAGGCUAUAAGCAGGCUCUAGUGUAUGAGUACAUGCCUAAUGGUCUCUUGCUAAACAUUUAUCCUCAAAAGAAGGAAGAUUUCAGUCAUUUAAGUGGGAAAAGCUGCACAAGUUUGCUCUGCUAUCGCUCGAGGGAUCGAGUAUCUACACAAGGGAAGUGAUGUGUGCAUUCUUCAUUUAGAAAUGAAGCCUCAAAAUGUCCUGCUAGACCACAAUUUCAUCCCCAAAAUAUCAGAUGCUGGCCUUGCAAAAUUUUACCUUGUUUUUGUUAGUACUUUAAGAGGAACAGCAGGGUACAUAGCGCCUGAACUGAAUUCUAGGAAUGUUGGAGCUGUUUCUAGCAAAUCACAUGUUUAUAGCUUUGGGAUGUUGAUGUUGGGAAUGGCAGGAGGAAGAAUGGAUGUCAACCCAAAGGCAAGCAGCUAAACCGGCCGAGGGAAACUUCCGUUGUGGAUUUAUGACCAUAUAACUAAGGGAUGAGACCUGAAAAUUGAUGACAUGACUGAGACUGAGGCUGAAAGAAAUUUAUGUUUAGUAGGGUUAUGGUGCAUUCAAGCCAAGGCACCAGAACUAAAGUUGUGGAUAUGUUGGAAGGGAGCAUUGGCAACCUGAAAAUGCCUCCUAAUCCUUUCUUAUCCUCACUACAAGACAUGCCUAUAGAAGAGGAUAAUCCUUCUCAGUUGCUGAUUUCUGAAUCAAUGGAGAGAAGCUAGGUAGCUAGCUAGCACAAAUAUAAAUAAAAGUAAUGUUAAAAGUUGGAUCAUAUACCAGGCGUGAAAUGCCAGCCGUUAGUAAUAGUGAUGAUGUUUUCCAUAAAAUAUUAGUGAUACCUGACCAUCAUGUAUACUAUGACAAUUGUUGGGCCUAGAUAUGUUUGUUUUAGCCCGAUGGGCUAAGUGUCUGUAUUGCUUCCUACCCCUAUAAUUUUUUUUAGUAAAUACCACGGGAUGUCCCCACACUCGAAGAGUGGGAUUAAUCAUCGCUCGGAGUUCGGCUUAUCCCUAGCCACAAAGUGCUUCUAACGGAUUUCAAACCCCUACCAUUGAGGCACCAGGUAUCGCCAGCUGGAGGUGGCUUCUUGCCCCUAUUUCAAGUUCAACCAAAGGGAAAAAAAGAGUAGCUACAUGCCCUUGGCUGUAUUCACGAGAGCUUCUAUAAUGAGGGGCUAUGUUGAGGGUUACAAUGAGAGGGUUCAAUCCAACAGUCCAAUGAUAACUCUGUAUUAGAUCGAACCCCCUCACACCUCAUUCUAACCCCUCACAAUAACCCAUCAUUCUAGUCUCCCUGGUACUUUCACACCUUAAUGCGAUGAGAUGAAAAUGUUUACCUUCUUCUUCUUUUUUGGCAAAAAAGCGAUGAGAAUGUUUAUAUACUAUAAAUUAUAUCUGGGAACAAG